AUGCAUAAGAAAACGACACACCAUAGACGGAAGAAAAAUGCGAAAGGAAAACGAUACAAGAUGCAGGGAGAUUACGAUGACGAAUCGUCCUCUUCGGGGGGCGAGCUGACCCCCACAAGAAAAAACAACACAAACCACCAUCAGAUAGUUCAGAGCAAUCCAUCGAUCUUAUCAUCCCUGAGAAGUGUUCUGAUUGUCCUGAGUACGGCUCUAGUGUGCUUCGCAGCCGCUAGAAACUCUAUCACAUGGCAUUGUCAGAGAUUCUGGGGCGCUUCUGGAGACUUCUGGCAGGCGCAAUGGGACAAGUUUCUCGAUUUGGUAGGUGAAGAUCCCUUUAAUUUGUGGAUAUUUGGCUCAAUGGCUAUCACGUUCGGUGUCUACUGGAUAUUUGGAGGCAUAUACACUUUCAUGGAUGUUACGAAUAUGCCUGGAGUGAUAAGAAAAUAUAAAAUUCAACCUGGUACGAAUGAACCAGUUGAUGACAAGAGGUUGAGGCAUGUUAUAUAUUCCGUCUUGUUUAACCAAUCUGUUGUUGGUAUACCGAUAUCAUUUUUGAUGUACUGGGCAAUGAAAUGGAGAGGAUAUCCACCUCUACGCGAAUUACCCACAUUUCACUGGGUAUUGUUUGAAUUGGCAGUACACAUCUUAACGGAAGAAGUCGGAUUUUAUUAUUCCCAUAGAUUACUUCACAGCAAAUAUCUUUACAAGUAUAUCCACAAGCAACACCACGAAUGGACAGCACCUAUUGCAGUUACAGCCAUCUAUUGCCACCCAAUUGAACACAUAUUCUCCAACCUUAUCCGCCCUUCUUAGGAGUUUUCCUGAUGGGAUCGCAUGUAGCUACAGCUUGGUUGUGGUUCACGUUGGCCAUACUCUCUACUUUAAAUGCUCAUUCUGGGUACCAUUUGCCAUUUUUCCCAUCGCCCGAGGCACAUGAUUUCCACCAUUUGAAAUUUAAUAACUGUUUUGGCGUCUUGGGCGUCCUGGAUAGACUUCACGGCACCGAUAGCAGCUUCCGUCAAUCUAGAGCUUACAUCCGACACAUCAUGAUGCUGAGCUUCAUACCGCCCAGAGAAGCAUUCCCUGAGGCGGACACCUGCAAACAUAAGCUAGGGAAACAACGUGUAUAA